UGUCAUCGUGAUGAAGAAGGAUCGAAAGCAGGCUAUGCUAUAGUCUGCAAACAAGGAACUGAAUUUGAGCCCACGAGGAACUCCAGCAGUGGAAGGAGCCACGCUGGACUGGUCCUUAUGAGGUCGUUGCCAGAACAACUACAGCAGGUCAACUAAAAGGGAAAGGCGAUACCUGGUAUCAUUGGUCGCAGUGUGCACCAGCACAUGAGAGUUUGGUAGAGGAAAACUCCUCUACACCCAACACAGGUGGUAACGAGCAGAGGCAAAAUAAAUCCUCUCACCUGUGCAACGGGCCAACCAGUAGUCUACCUGGGAGGCCGAAGGAAGAAGAGCAGCAGCUUAGAAGGUCGCCACACCAGCAGAAAGGAGCGGUGACAAGUUGAGGACUCCACAAAAGCAGGGGAGUUUCAUUCCAGGAUAUAAAGUUUAUAUAACAUGAUGCAAACACACGAGUCAGAGACACGUAAUGAGAAAACUGAUUAGAAUGUUCCUUACAACUACAUGUUUAUUGUAUGCAAUGAUAUUAAUGAUGGCUGUGUUGUUUAUUGUCUAUAUUUUGCAGGGCACUCCGGACCACUUGUCUGAACACGGAGGCCAGUCCAGCCCAGCACUUCCUGAGACUGUACUUGCCAAAACGGGAUCGGUACAAAACACAAAAGCGCGAGGUGUCAGAGAUACCAAAUAUCAUCAUGAAGCUGCUGACUGCGUCUGCACUGCUCUGUGCAAUGAUGGCUCUGACCGCUGCUGCUGGAGAGUGGUAUAUUCUUAAUAAGCCCCCAUCUUGUCCCUGUGGUUGGACUGAGUACUACGACCAGUGUUUCUUCUAUGUUUCUGAAGCCUUGGCUUGGGUUGAUGCUCAGAGAAAAUGUGAGUCCAUGAAUGCAAACCUUGCAUCUGUGCACAGCCUGGAGGAGUACCAGCUGCUUCAGAGGGUGAUAUUUGAUGCCACUAAAGCAAGUGAGCGAACAUGGAUUGGUGGUUUUGAUGGUCAACGGGAGGGUUACUGGUUUUGGAUCGAUGGAACACGUUUCCAAUACACGAACUGGUGUAAGAGUGAGCCUAACAACCACAGGGACAAUGAGCAAUGCAUGGAGAUGAAUUUUUCAGGAGACAAGUGUAUGAAUGAUCAGAAUUGUCAGACCAAUUCCCAUCUGUCUGCGUUAAGAGAAUCUGAUGAUUCCUGAGCUGGCAUGAGGCACAAUCAUCUGAAAACGACGCAAAUAAUCUCAUUUAUCACUUAGAAUUUCAGUUUUUUCAUCUUUACUUUUUUUGUUUUGCUGUAACGCUGCAUAAGGAAUGAAGCAACAAGUGGUAUAAAAUAGAGUUGGACUGCCUCCUUUAAAAGGAGCAAAUGAAAUGUG